AUGAACAUUGAAACACAUAUUGCGCAAUUCUUGAAGGAGAAUAAUUACCCAGAAACGUUAAAGGCAUUUGAACGAGAAUAUGGGAAACCAUUCUCUGUUUCACCUAAUGAAUCAUUGCAGAGUAUAAUUGAAGACAGAUAUAAUUACAAAGCACUAAACGCUCAAACUAAAGAUUUGGAAUUGAGUACACCUCUUAAUGACGAAUUGAAUGCUAUUCUAAAUAAUCAGGUUAAUGAAUGGGCAGUACCAUACCCAAAGGAUCCCAAAUUAGUAACUGAUUCAAUUGAUGGUCUUGUCAUCUCAUCUUGCUUGGUAUUCAACGAAAAUACCCCAAUUCUAUUCCUUGGUACUUCAAAGACAAAACUAUAUGUAAUCAACUUACUGUCGAAUGAAGUUCUUCUAGAAUCGACCGGUUUUAUUGGAAAGUGUGUUAUCAAAAAUAUAACCAUUGCAUCCGACAAUAAGCUAGUGCUCCUGGGUAUGAACGGAAAACUACAUUUAUGUGAAUACAGCUACGGAGAAACAUUUGAAAUAAAAUCAAUUGAUGAACUACAGGCCCAUCCCAGACUUAUUGUCGAUACCAAGAGUAUCCAGUUCAACAACGACACCUACGUGUUCACUCUAGGAUGGGAUUUCACCUUGAAGGUCUUCACUGUCCGAGACAGAUUUACUCCUAUCACCCAGUACAAACUAUCUACCCAAGGAACCAGCUUCGAUGUCACUGUAUUUGCCGAUAAGAUCACUCUCGUGGUCGGUCUCAACGAAACUACUUUGUUGAGUGUGUUCCACCUCAUCGAAACCGACUUAGUGCUACUGUACAAAAUCUCGCUCAACGAUGCCCAAUUUACCCUAUCAACAUUUUCUCCUCGCUGUAUAUCGAUACAAUCACUCCCUCUGGGGGUCCCAUUAAUUGCUGUGGCAACUUCUCAUGAACCAUAUAUGAGAUUAAUAAUAGUUCCACUAAAAGAUUCCACGGCUAAGGGUUCCGUUCCGAUAGAGCGAGAUCAAAUCUUGAAAAAUUUAUCCACCCUCUCUCCUCAAGAUAAAUAUUCCCAACCCAUAAUCCGUUGGAAGCUGUCUUCGAACCUGAAGAACAAUGGUGUUUGGGUUGUGGGUGAGGAUGGAACCAUCAGAGGUAUCGACCUCAUACAAGAAAGGGUAAUUACAAACUACCAAAAACAUGAUGGAAGAAUAAAGUCCUUUACCCUAGCUGGUGAUAGACUCAUAACCUGUGGAACGGAUAAGCUUGUGUAUCAAUGGGUAUAA